AUGGUAAUUCUGAUCCUACUUAAACCCCUGCUUCUUCUGCUGGUUCGCGUACUGUGUUUCAUGAGGAUGAUUAUACCCAUCCCUGUCACCCCUGGUAUGUUCAUCCUUCUAAUUUGGAGAAGCACUGUAUUAGUUGUUUUGUCUAUUAGAAAUAAAACUGAUUUUAUAACUGGUACUACUGGAGUACCUCCUAAUGGAUCACCCUUAGCUAGACAAUGGCAGAGAUGCAAUGAUCUUGUGAUAUCUUGGCUAAUAAACUCUUUGUCUAAAGACAUUGCUCGAAGUGUAGAGUAUUCCGUAUUUGCUAAGGAUAUAUGGAAUGAAUUAGAAGAGAGAUAUGGUAAGGCUGGUGGUGCUAGGAUUUUUGAGUUGAAAAAAGAUUUGGCUCAUAUCUCUCAAGGGUCACAUGAUAUAGCAUCUUAUUUCAACAAAAUAAAACAGUUGUGGGAUGAAAUUGCCUCCAUCUCAACUGGUAGAGAAGGGGUUUAUACCUGUGGAGCCAAAUCAACUGAGGAUGAGGAACAAAGAGCUUAUCAAUUUCUCAUGGGUCUAAAUGAAAUUAUGUUCAGACCAGGAGUAACAUUUUAA